UCAGAUGUGAAUGAAUAUUUAGAGAAUAUACUAGACGACAUUGGUGGACUCGGACUUUUUCAAUGGAUUCUAAUUACAAUAGUCCUAGGUAGUAAAAUAUCUGUAUCAUGGAGUACUUUAAUGAUGACGUUUGGCGGGGCAGUACCUGACUGGCAUUGUUUCUGGACUACGGUCAAUGGUACAGAGUACUAUACUAACCAGACGUUUAUGAAGACAUGUGAACUAUACAAUACCUCAGAACCUGUAAUGUGCCAGUCUCAGAUCUAUGAUCCGGACAUGGCUACGGUUGUCAGUGAGUGGGAUCUGGUUUGUGAAAAAGACUGGAUAGCAUCUACAAUAACUACUAUACAAAUGGGAGGGCUUUUAUUCGGUGGAUUUGUGUCCGGACAAUUAGCAGACGUUCUAGGCAGAAAAUUUACGUACUUCUCGGCGCUCUUCAUUUUGUUGGUCUUCAAUGGAGCAGCAGCAUUUUCGACAUCAUGGGAAAUGUUUGCGGUUUUUAGAUUCUUCAUUGGCAUUGGAUGUGGGUUUUACUUAACUGUAUAUUUUACUUUUUUAAUUGAAUUUACACCUCGGACAUACAGAUCUAUGUUAGUAGCACUUCCGUUUUGGCCAAUAUUUUGUAUCAUCUACGCAUGUCUGUGCUGGUGGUUACACGAAUGGAAGUAUAUACAAUUAGCUAUCGCAGCAACUAACAUACCUUUUAUUUUAGCAAUAUUUUUUGUUCCAGAGAGUUAUAGAUGGCUAGUUUCAAAUGGAAAGAUUGCAAAAGCACACAGCGUUAUUACAAAAAUUGCUAAAAUCAAUGGCAAACCUCCACCUGAUUUUAAGACGUUUUAUGAAAUGGCAUCGCAAGCAACGAAGCAGAAAUCAACAGAGAAAAGAUAUACAAUUUUAGAUGUCAUUAAAAACAGACGUUUACUGAGAUAUAACGUUCUAUUAUCAGUUGGAUGGUUAAGUUGCGGAUACGGAUAUUAUGCUAUAUCAUUCGGAGUACAACAACUCUCGGGAAAUCUCUAUGUUAACCUGAUUCUCAUCAAUGCAAUGGAUAUUAUAGGAAUAGUGGUGUGGUAUCUAGCAAACUGCCUUGGUAGGAAGUGGACAACUUUUAUGUUAUUUCUGAUUGGUGGAUCUAUGGGCAUUGUUGUUGGAAUAAUUCAGUUCAUAGACCUAUCAGAUAAAGACGAGUUGGUCAAUGGCUUUGCCUUAGCAUCAAAACUUUGUGUGUCGUCAGGGUGGUCUGCACUUAUGAUUUUGACCUCUGAACUAUAUCCAACUGUAGUAAGAAACAUUGGAUACGGCAUAAACAACGCCGUGGCAAGAUUGGGUGCAAUGGUGGCACCACAGUUAGUAUUUGCGAGUGAGAAGAUUGAUGGUCUGUCAUAUUUAUCGUUUGCUGGGAUGAUGUUUUUGUCCGCCAUUUUAGUUGUCACUUUACCGGAAACAAACAAAACUGCAUUGCAAGACACGAUGGAUAUUACCAUAAGUCAGAAAGAGUCAGAUAAACAAAGUAUUAUGAAUCCCGGAUACGAAAAAGAGAAUUACGGAACAAUAGAUUAGUUUUAAAAACUUGAUCAUG